CUGUGCCACAGGUGCGAACAGUGCGCUUCAGUGCACACAGGAGCAGCGCUAUGAAGACCAGGUUACUAGGUUUCAAUUGGGAACUGCACUUUAAGAGGCACAAGAUGAUGCCUUGGAUUUAGCCGGCCCACAUGAGUGAUAUGAAUAACACGCUGGACGGAAUACACACUUCUGGAAGCCUCGGAGAGAAAGCAGAGAUUUUUCAGAGCAGUAAGGGUAAUGUGAGUGGCUUUUCCAGCCCAGCCCUCAUCCCUUCACAAGCUCUUUUACCAACACCAAAUGCCCAGAAGAUCAGGACUACGCUCAGCAAGGGGAACAGGAGCAAUCAAGAGGGAGAGGAGUCAUUCUCUUCCCCUGUUCCAAACCCUUUCCCUGAGCUUAUCGCCUCAACCCUCUCCCCCCUUGUCUCUGAAUGUUUAUUACCAUGGACCAAAAGUAGUGCAACUCAGGUAAUCAAAGUGUAUAAUGAAGAUAACACCAGCAGGGCAGUGGAGGUUCCCAGUGACAUCACUGCCCGGGACAUAUGCCAGCUGUUUGUCUUGAAGAACCACUGCAUCGAUGACCACAGCUGGACCCUUUUUGAACACAUCUCUCAUCUGGGAAUAGAGAGAACCAUUGAAGACCAUGAGUCUGUUAUGGAGGUGCUGUCAGGCUGGGGAAUGGACACAGACUGCCGGCUGUACUUCAGAAAGAAUUAUGCUAAAUACGAAUUCUUCAGGAAACCCCUGGACUUUUUCCCGGAUCACAUGGUCUCCAUAUCCAGUGAAACCAAUGGGGUGGUGGAUCACUCUCAGCUCAUACAGACCUUUCUCAACUCCAGCACUUGUCCAGAGAUACAUGGACACCUCCAUGCCAAAGAGCAAAGCAGGAAGUCUUGGAGGAAGUUUUAUUUUGUCCUGCGGAGGUCGGGGCUUUAUUUCUCCAAUAAGGGAACUUCCAAGGAACCAAGGCAUCUCCAGUUCAUUGCCGAUUUCAGUGACAGUGAUGUCUACACAGUGUUGUCAGCCAAAAAACUACAUGGAGCACCUACAGAUUACGGCUUCUGUGUCAAGUCCACAAAGUGUAGUUCAGCCCGGGACUUGAAGCUGCUUUGUGCGGAUGAAGAGCAGACCAGGACCUGCUGGAUCACAGCCAUGCGCUUGUUAAAGUAUGGGAUGGAACUGUACCAAAACUUCAUUCAGCCACACCAGAAACAAAAAGCUUCACCAAUGAGAAGUAUCUCAGAAAAUUCACUUGUGGCGAUGGACUUUUCUGGCCAAAAGAGUCGGGUUAUUGAGAACCCAUCAGAGGCGAUGUCUGUGGCUGUGGAGGAAGGCCUGUCAUGGAGGAGGAAGAGCUGCCACCGUCUGAGCGGCCAUGGGAGCCCCUCCACAUCACAGAGCUCACUGUCAAACAUAGCCCUCCACUUGGCUCAGUCCUGGUUCCACGGCAAACUGUCUCGGGACGAGGCUCAGCGUCUAAUCACUCAACAGGGUUUUAUCGAUGGAGUAUUUCUUCUGAGGGACAGCCAAAGCAACCCAAAGACAUUUGUACUGUCGCUGUGCCAGAUGCAGAAAAUCAAACACUUUCAGAUCUUACCUGUGGACGACGAAGGGGAGCUAUUCUACAGUCUGGAUGACGGUCACACACGGUUCUCUGACUUGAUCCAGUUGGUGGAGUUUUACCAGCUAAACCGAGGAGUGUUGCCCUGCAAGCUCAAACACCACUGUGCCCGUAUCACCCUGUGAACGAGGGACCCAAGAGACAUGCACCUUAACUCCAGGGCCUUUCUGGACAAACACUCCCAGUGUUCUUGUGCCUUGAAGAAGAAAAAAUAUAGAGACUUAACAGCCAUGCUUAGUGAAACCACUGUUAUCAUGCACAAUCGUCUGCAUUUAUACUUUGCUACGUGGUUCCUCCUUAUUUUUCCGGAAAAAGUGAAUUUGACAGUAGACUGUAUGAUAACUGACUACAUGGCUGAAGAUGAUGUGCAGUUUUGUCUGGUGAACGGUAGUCUUUCGCGCUGUAAUGUGCCCAUGUUUGGCCGUAAAUCCAUUGUGCUAAGUCCAAACAUGACUUAUUGUACUGUAGUGUAGAGCUGAAACCGCGAACAGCUUGUGAUUCUAACAUCAUGACACCAGUUAAAGAAAGUAUUUUAUUACUUAUUUACAUACAGUAGUUUGCAUUUGAGUUUUCACAGAAACAUUUUCAAUCGAAUGUCUUCUGCAAUAUGUUUUCAGUAAUUAUAUAUAUAUAUAUAUACACCUAUCAUCAAUUUUUAUUUGAAACCAUAUCAUUCUGGGAAUUGUAGUACACAACACUUCUGUCCUGUUAAAUUUGAGUAAAACUAAGCUAUCUUAAUUUUCAUUGUCAUUGUAUUUCUAAGCAUUCAGGUAUUUCUUUUUUUUUUUUAAAGAAAAUGAUUGUUGUUUUCUAUUUGAGAGCUAAAUCGACCUCUCAGGAAGUGUCACUGUGCAUGCCCUGUAAGCUGGACUGAGACUGCUGUAGAGAGAAAAGGAGAGGUAAUGUACGGGUGGAGAGAAAUGGCACACGACCUCCCUAGCCUGCACUGUACAUUCAUUUUAAACGAUUGUGAUUAAAUGAGAUGUUUGUUUUACAUGAAAUGAGUUGCGAGCUUGCUCUACAGCAAGAGCAGUGAAAUAUAUUUCACUGAUUUUUAGAUAUUAACAAUUAAGAUGGAAAUCUGAAUUACUGUGUGACUGAUUUUGAUCAUGUCUGAAUUCAGUUAUAUUGAAAUUUAGGUUUUAUAAUUUCCAAAGGUUCAGGUAUACAGUUUACCACUGCUGUGGAUAAAUAUUGUUUCAGAUAUUGUUUGUUUUCAAUAAGCCAAUGAUGCAUCAGCUUUUAGAAACAAGGCAAUUUAAAUCAGUGCCAUAAUUGAAAUGACCAUUUUCUUUUAGUUUCCUUUUUUUAUUUAGCUGGACAACAGUGCAUUGAUCAAUGAAUGUCAUGGACUGCAUAGUUUUAUAUAAACAAAGUCUGUUUGUAAUGUA